GGUAACAGCUCACUGACUCGUCCACCAGCAAAAGACCCUUCUACCCCUCACGUUUUGUUUGACUCCUGCUGUGAUAACAAAACCAACCCCUCCUUGUUUGUUGUCUUUGAAAAUGGCCAGUCGUACCCAGAGUUUUUAAUCACCUAUAUGUAAGUUGACAUAGAUAUUAAUAAAUCCCCAGGCAUCCCCCUCCCCCUUUCCCAGAGACUGGCUGUCUCGUAAUAUUUUAGCUGCAAUAUCUUGACAUGUUUCCAGUCAUCUGGAAUAAAUUUCAUGGGUAGCGAAGGUGAGAUCAACUUGAGAGCUUGCUCGCCGGCUACGACUUAAAAGUAGUGUUGUACCGUAAAUACUGUUACUGACCAAGAGGGUCCCCAAUAUGUUUUUCGCGAUCCAGGAUUUCCCUUAUUUAAAGCUGGGGAUUCGGGAUCGAAAGUAUCCAUGGGAGGCGGGAUGCCACAAAUAACCAUCGAGAUCACGGGAUUGCACGAAAAUUUGGGUCGGGAUGAGGGGAAUUCGGCGUUGGUCGAUCAAGGUAGAUUGUACCUUUUGUGGAGAGAACUGUAAAAACUGUUAUUAUUUUUUAUUUGCUUAGUAAUGAGAAUAGGAAAAGAACAGCAUGUAUGUUUUUUGCUUCAAUGUUAUCAUUGUUGUAGUUUUUCAGGACCCUUUUUUGGGUUAAAAGGUUUAGUUUGAAACAAAGAGUCAUUUUUUACAAGAGGUUGAAAGCCUCUCUAAAUAUGUAAUUUUUCUUUUUCAUUCUUAUUAUUGACGAAAAUAACCAGUCUUCGCAGACAAACAAGAAAACAAAAAGAAAUGCAAACAUCUCAUUGCACUGAAACAACAAAUAGAAAAAUGGGCGUGACUGAUUUGUGGGCACGAUGGAAUGACUCGUCAUAUUUAGAACGUUGACGAGGUAGUCUCGUAUAUGCUGUAGAGUGUCUUCACUUGAUCGUAUUCCGAAAUAAGAAUACGUAGAAAUUUGUGAAAAAUCUCUUUUAAUGUCCACCAGAUUUCUGGAUUUUGCUGCAUGCAACGAAAGCAAAAACCAGUGUUGGAUCCAGACCUUGAGAUAAGGGUGGUGGUGGUUGUGGGGAGGGCGUCCCGGUCUACCAAAAAGAUUUUUUCGGCCUUUCGGGCCUCAGUUUAAUCUAAAAAUAAGAGGGGAUGCGGGGCGCUUCGGGCCCUUUCCCUAGAUCCGCCACUGAAAACAAGUGGCUUUUAGGCUACGUUUACACGGCACAUGACGAAUUUUCGACCGGUUAAAACUUUGACCGGACAAUUCGUUCACACGGGACUGUUCGAUAUUUUGCUCUGUUCACACGGAACUUUGAACGGCUAGGCUUCUAACUAUUCGUACGGUUAAGGUGGUUCCGUGUGAACGGAACACUUAUUAAAAACGCACAAAUUUUCAACCGGUCGCAAAUUCGUCCGGUCCUUCUGACAUGAACCAAUUACGGAAAAUCUGUCGAAACCACUGGAAAAAGCGCCUCAAAAUUAGUAAACUUGCCAAGUUGGAAAGUGGGAAAGUGAUAUAGCUCCGCGCAGAAAAUUUACACAGCACAAACUUGCCCCCCAUCAUACAAAGGCCUGUAAAUUUUCGCAAAUUUGCGGAACCAUAUCUUCCCACGCUCAAGACGCAUCACCCUAAAACUUGGCAAGUUUACUAAUUUUAUGGCGCUCUUUCAAGUAGUGUCGAAGGAUUUUCCCAAACUUAUCCAUGUAAAUCAUGGCAGUCAGAGAUCGCCGAUGCAACUUCACUAAAUCGCGCGAUAUAGAAUACAACGCCACUACGAUCAUGUGCGAUCGUGAUUGUAACGCCCGGAUCGUAGCCCUGAUACUGAGAUGACGGAUUUGACUUUACUAAAUCGCGAUCGCGAUCACUACGCUUCGAUAAGUAAAAUGUCAUUGCGAUCGCACCUCGGUCGUAAUACCCUGCGAGCAGAGGUUUCUCUUUUCCUUUUUCAUCCCCUUUUUAGCCUUUUACCCCACUGCGGAGCCUGCUCACUGGCUGGCUUCUCUCUUGCAUGGCUUUUAGCGUUUACGAAGUCAUUCGCGUGGCUUGUUUGUCGCGUAGACAAGCUACGCGAAACACUUCGUAAACGCUAAAAGCCAUGCAAGAGAGAAACCUCUGCUCCUAGUCUACAGUCGUGCUGGCAUUAUGGAAGUGUAAGCAAAAGAGUAGGACGACUUUGUUCUUACCCUGUAACCGUUGCUUAACUUUAGUACUCCUCUGGUCAUUUAUUUAAUCAGGUGUGGAGCAACUGCCUUGGCCAGUCCAAAAUCAAGUUCAGCGUCAGCAGAACUGGAUUGUUUACCAUCUCACUGGCGUCCUAUCUCUGUUGGUGAAGACUUCUCAUGUGUAAAACUGGAAACCAUAUCUGAUGAAUACCAGAGGACCGAAAAGAAAUUUCAGGAUACCAUGGAGGGACGUCAUAUAAUUAUCAAGAUAGAGCGAGUGCAGAACCCAGAUUUAUGGAUACGAUACAAUCAGUAUGUGAUUUAUGUCAUUCCUUCUACUGAAAAACCUAUUCAUCCUCCCCUCUAUAGAGGAGAGUAGGGAUGACGUCACAGAAACUCAAUUUGGGAAAUUUUGAGAUUGGCUGGCAUAUCCAGAAAGAGCAAGACGAAAAAUGUGGCACUUGCUAAUAAUCAGCCUGUUGGUGGAGAUAUAAGCAAUGUUAUGCUCUGAGGACGCCUUAUAAUUUCUCUUAAACAGGGUUGGAUCGUUAACGUUGCGAUCCAAGCUAAUUUUAGAAGGAUUUGUAUGCGGUCCUCGAAGCAAAUCGGUGCUGUAUCUCUUCACCAACUUGCUCUGAAGGGCUGAUUUUUGACAGAGAGGCCUUUUUCAUCUCUUCCUAAACUUUACAAAUUUGAAUUUUUGUGACGUCACACUUCACUUCUCUAUAUUUGCUGUAAUAACAGAGGUCGUGACUCCUAUUAAGGCCAGACAAUAUUGAAUUCAAAGCAUUUGUGAUAAGCAAAUGGUGUACUAACCGAGUUGUUAAUCAAAAGGGGAGUAUGCUUGGAUUUUGAAAAGGCUACAAUUCCCUGAAUGCGCCUUUUAACGGUCCUUUAAGGUGGAAAUUGGACAAACCGUCUCCGCAGUGGCCAUUGCUGAAUUGAUACACAAAAAGCUAUGGUUUCUGCAAAUUCAGCAAAUAGCCAACUCUGAAACUUUGGCUUAAAUUCCCCGAAACUGAACAGAGCAGUUUGCCUUUAUGUUUUCCCAAUGAUUUUGACAGUUAUUUCCUCGUGCGCAUGUCAUGUAAUCCUCGAAUAGCAAAUUUCUCAUGCUACGACAAGCUCGUCAACCCAUUCGGGGACGUGUUCAGAGAGAAUGGGUGUGGUAUUGACAGGUACCUUCAAUCGGCGACAAAAUUGUUUGUGUACUCUCCUCAAAUGGGACAACUUCGAAGAACAAAUCAAUCCAGUCCACACCCGUCCCUCUCCUCUCCUUUCAAAUUUGGAGUAUUUGUUGUUUUUGACAUGUUGCUCGAACAGCGGCACAAGAUUGUAUGGACGGGGUAAGGGGGAAUGAAGGCUUUAUUUCCCCUUUUGUUUUAAGUUGGCGAAACGCCAGAGAGGCCCUUUUGGACAAAGUGUCUCAACUAAGUUUGUCGCCGAUUGUAGCUCAGAUAGUGACCCUGCUGGAUUCGGAGAAAAUGCCCUAAUCUCAAACCUAAAUUGCGCUUUAUGUUAGGUAAACGUUGCCUAGUCCUUGUGCGGCGUCUUCCCAUGCCUUCUCGGUCAAUGCAUUUCGGUGACGUAUCCGAGACGAACGGCUUGGAGACUGAAAAAGUCGCUCGGACCACGUGACCCAAAAUGCAUCGUCCGCGCGAAGUAAUAAGUCCUAGGCACUAGGCAAAGUUAAACGUAAGACAAAACCCUUUUUUUCCUUUUUAGGGAAAAAGGUCGCAUGGCCAAAGUGGCUGGCAAAGAACCCGAAGAACGGCAGCUGUUUCACGGAGCCAAAUCAGACACCGUCGAUGCCAUCUGCCAGCAGGGCUUUGACUGGCGAAUGUGUGGCAAGCACGGCACAACGUACGGGAAGGGAAGUUAUUUUGCCUGUAGGGCCAACUACUCGGAUCGCUGCACCUCAAGUCAGGUUACAUCCAGGAGUUCCAAGCAAAUGUUCCUGGCUAGAGUAUUGGUUGGUUCUUACACCAAUGGUAACAGCUCACUGACUCGUCCACCAGCAAAAGACCCUUCUACCCCUCACGUUUUGUUUGACUCCUGCUGUGAUAACAAAACCAACCCCUCCUUGUUUGUUGUCUUUGAAAAUGGCCAGUCGUACCCAGAGUUUUUAAUCACCUAUAUGUAA